GUCUCCCCGCGAAGGCGCGUUGCGACUCGCGGUCGUUUUAUAAUUUGUUUUUUACGAAAAUUGACGCGUUUGUGAUUUUUUUUUAUUAUUGAGAAAGAAUACAAUAAGGAACUUAAGCUAGUUUAAUUAAAUUAAUCUUGUAAUUAUUUUUAAUUUAUAAUUUGGUUUAGUUGUUGCUGUUUAUAAAAGUUGCAGUGCGGUGAAAUUUCAAAAUGAUAAGAGCGGCAGACGCAUGCGGCUGCCCUAUCCGGGAGAUAGGGCCAUCGAUGGUCGGCUCCUGCUCCAGCCAGUUUAUCAUAUUCAUGAGCCUCUUGGAAUCCUUCAUCAAUGGAAGAUGCGACCUCGCCGACCCUUGCAACCGAGUCAUGGAUAGACAAGUACCAGACGACAGUUACGACUUUGUGGUUGUCGGGGGCGGCACUGGCGGCGCUGUCGUCGCGGCUAGGCUUUCAGAAAAUCCGCAAUGGAAGGUCCUACUGAUAGAAGCUGGAGGUGAUGAACCGAUAGCUUCCUCGGUGCCUUCAUUUGUGACGUCAUACUGGGGGCAAAAUGAGACCGACUGGGACUACCGCACUGUGCCUCAGGAGAAAGCCUGCCUCGACAGCGGUGGCGUGUGUUCUUGGCCUCGAGGAAAGAUGCUUGGUGGAUGUUCGGUUAUUAAUGGCAUGAUGUACAUGCGAGGUAAUCCUGCCGACUAUGACGGUUGGGCGGUGAACGGCGCGCGCGGGUGGUCCUGGUUCGAAGUGUUGCCAUACUUUUUGAAAAGUGAAGACAAUAAGGAGAUCGGUAAUGGAGUGUCUGGACAGUAUCAUAAUGUUGGAGGACCUUUACCUGUGCAACGGUUUCGUUACGCGCCAAGAUUAGCUCACGAUGUGGUUUCUGCUGGCAUAGAGAUGGGCUACCCACCUACGAGUGACCUGAAUGGAGAGACGGGCACCGGCUUCACCAUCGCGCAGACUUACAAUGAUGGUGGUUCGAGAUACAGCACAGCCCGAGCAUAUCUCCGACCAGCGUCCAAGCGCGAAAAUUUGCAUAUUCUACUGAAUGCAGUCGGUUCCAGAGUUAUAGUAGACCCAGUUACCAAGAAGGUUACAGGCGUAGAGUACAUUAAGAAUGGUGAAAAGAAGAUCGUUGGAGUUAAUAAAGAGGCAGUUCUAUCUGGAGGAACACUGAACUCUCCACAAAUUCUCCUUCUCUCUGGAAUUGGACCCAAGGAAACGUUAGACAAACUCAAUAUUCCUGUUGUCAAGGAGUUACCAGGGGUUGGACAAAAUCUCCACAACCAUGUAGGUGUGAACUUAGAGUUCACACUGACAAAAGAACCUGACGUGCCUGAACUGUCGUGGGAGAGUGCUAUGGAGUACAUGUUGAAGAGGCAGGGUCCUUUAUCUGCUACUGGAAUGUCACAGCUAUCAGGGAAAAUCAACUCGCGCUUGGCCGCCGGCGGGGGAAGGCACCCGGACGUUCAGUAUUUCUUCAAUGGAUACGGCAGCUCGUGUGGAGACGGCUCCCUUGGCGACGCUGAUGCUAUUGUAGAUGAGAAUAACAAACGAACUAUUACCAUAUCCGCAAUAGCUCUGCAGCCCCGCAGUCGCGGCUACCUCACGCUGGAGUCUACGGACCCUCUGCAGCCGCCAGUGAUGCAGCCCAACUACUUCCUGGACGAACACGAGCUGGACGUGCUGGUAGAUGCCUCGAGAAUCGCUUACAGACUUGCUAACACUACGAUUUUACGCGAGAAGUAUGGCAUGCAACCGACAGAGGGAUACGGCGCUGAGUGUCCAGGCGGCGGGGCCAACCCCACUGACGAGUUCUUCAGGUGUUUGGCCCAACUGCACACAGCGCCAGAGAACCACCAGGUCGGGACCUGCAAGAUGGGAGCUGCGGACGAUCCUAUGGCUGUCGUCGACCCGCAACUUAGGGUAUAUGGUAUUAACGGCUUGCGGGUGGCUGAUGCAUCAAUAAUGCCCACCGUAGUGUCAGGUAACACAGCAGCGCCUGUGGUGAUGAUCGCCGAGCGCGCUGCAGAGUUCGUCAUCAUCAAGUAUCAAGAACUGCUGAGAACACAGUUCGGUGAAGACACAGUUCCUGACGGCAUAUUCUCUGGAUCUAAUGAAGGGUGGAACAGCAAUGAAUCAGGUAAUAAACCCAUUUGGGUAGACAAUUGGAAACCCUGGGACAAGCAUUGGGAUAAUCCAGAAUGGAAAUACGACCAUCCCUACCAGCAUAGGAAGAACAAUGUGAACCAACCAGCAUAUAACUCGAGAUAAAGUAGUCUUAAUUAUUUAUGUCAUUAUUAAAAUAGUUAUUAUUUAAUUA